AUGGCAGUGUUUAGAAAUGUUCAUGUAGUUGUAGAUCAGUUUAAUAAGACUCAUUAUGGACAUAGACUUAAAAAUUCACCCACAGAUUCUGCCAGAAUUUUUUAUCACAAUUAUCCUAAUAAUCCUUAUAUAGUUGCUCAAUAUACUUCCAGGAAUAAAAGUUUUCAAUCAAGAUAUAAGAUAAUAGAACUUGGGUACUAUCUGCAGAAUGUUAAAUAUACGCAAAAGAGAAAAAAUAUUCAAUAUCAAAUUCCUGAUGGAUAUGCUAUAAAAACUGAAGUUGCAAAUAAAGCUUUAUGCUGUGAAACAAAAUAUAUCUGUUAUAAUAAAGUUUUAUUUACAAUUACUUGGAAAGAAGAUCGUGCCGAAUGGAUGGUAUCUAGUGAGCGAUCAUCAAGUGGUGCUGUAAAUACAUUCUUAAAGAAAAUUAAUAGAGAAAAUUCCCAACUUUCUGGAAUUCAUAUUUUUAGAUUGGAUAUCGAAAUUUUAUAUCAAACACGAAUUGAAAAAUCCAAAGAAUUAUCUAUGGCAAAAACUAUCACUAAUGUUAAUAAGAGAAAACAUCCACUUAAUGAAUUAUCAUUAUCUCAACAAAAAAAAACGAUAUGUAUCAUUUGGAAAAGAUAUUUACAAGAAUGUUAA